UUAGCAUUGCUAGCUGGCCUGCUCAAAGAACGGUAUCCGCGGCUGGAGCUCGGCUCCGUCGACGGCUUCCAGGGCCGUGAGAAGGAAGCAGUCGUCGUGAGUACAGUGCGCAGCAACUCCGAACAUGGAGUCGGGUUCCUGGGCGAAAAGAGGCGGCUCAAUGUCGCCAUGACACGACCGAAGAGGCAUCUUUGUAUCGUCGGGGAUAGCGAUACAAUCAGCAAGGGCAGCACGUUCUUGAAGCAAUGGAUGGAGCAUCUCGAGGAGCAUGCUGAUCUAAGAUACCCCAAUCUGACGGAUGUGUAUGGAGGCGAUCAGUAG